AUGUCUAAUUCACCAACAUAUAAUGGUAAUCAUUCCAGUCGUCGCUUCUCGGGUAAAGGCGAACAAUCAAUUUUCCUUGGAGCAGCUUCGUCAGGAAAAUUACAUCUUUUGGAUAAGAAUCAUGAUAAUCGUAUUAUCUGGCUGUUAUUUGCUGCACCGGUAAUGGCGUUGUUAUUUAUGAUCUUGCCGGCAAUUGUAGAGCUUCAUGGUGUUGGCGCCGAUAUUUAUCGUUUUAUUGAACCAUUAAUUGGAAUACCUUUAAACUUCUUUAUAUUGGUAUCAGCUGAAGUAUUUGUUGACUAUUCAGAACAUGAACGAAAAUUUUUGUUCACUAUAACAGAAAAAGGAUUUUGUAGUUUCUUGUUUACAAUUGGUGCUGCGCUUUACGCACAAGGUGCUGGAAUGCAUUCAACAGCAAUCAUAGCCAAAGAUAAAAUCCAAGACCUUAUUACUGAAAACCCAAAUAUUACAUCUCAAUUUCCUGCUAUUAAUUCCACUUUGGAGUAUAUGGAAACAGACUUGGAGCAUGUGGCUGGGUAUUAUAUUUAUGCAACAGGAGCAGCAAUCAUAACUUGGGCACACUUGCUUGCUUACAGACGUCAAAGACAUGACGAAAUCAGUAACGUCAUAAGCUUCAUCGCAUUCUUUCUCGGCUCGUUUUUCUACGCGGUUCUAUUGACCAGCGUGGCAAUCGAGUUCCCUAAAGGCACACUGGUCGGUCUGAUCUACGUGUUGGCGCUCGGAGUCCCGUUAUUAGCAUUUAUGCUGAAAUCUGGUCAGUUGUUUAGUAAGGGUCGUCGUUUGGUCCCACAGUAUUAUACGCUGAGCUAUGGAUUGGCCCUGAUAAUGAUUGUUAUUUGGGUUGCUGUUAAUGGUGGAUUUGUAGAUAGAAGGCAAGCUGGGUGGUUUGAUCACUAG